CCACUACCAUAAUUCGAGGUUUAUUUCAGUACAAUUUUUCUUAGCCUUUAAUAUAUUGUUAGCCGUUUUUUAACGGAAAACGUAUCACUAUGAAACAAAGUAGAAAAUGUUUACGUAGCUAUAAUUGUCAACGCAAUUUUAUAUUCUGGCAACACCACUUAUUAAAUACAAUUCACCACACCCACUUAAUAAACAUUUUUACAAAGCUUCACUUUAAAGCUUGGAUUUAAAAACUUAACCCGUUAAUUUUAAACAAAUUUCGUUAAGAUAGCUUAUUCGGCAUUCAUUAAACCUUUAGAGACGAAAGAAGAUUUCUUAAUAUAAUAAUAAUAAACUAAACCAUAACUUAAGAUAUAUCUUUAUAUAUGAGCAUUAUUUGUAUCGUAGGUGUGAUCUAAGAACCAUAUUUCCGUCCUACCAUAAUAGUAUACUUUGUGCUACUAUUAUAUGAAGGAUGACACAUACUUAUGCAUAUUCAAUGUUCUUCGACUAACCGGUUAUUGAAUUGGCAACAUGCAAAAUAAAACUUUCCUGCGUCGUCUGUGAUUUUCAAGCUGAAAAUAGAGCAGCCUUAAUAUAAAAGUUCAGCCGAUACUAAUAUCUGCCGUACUGUUCUGAUGUUUAAAGCUAUGCUACUAAGGCUCUAACUACAUUGUAUGGAUGCUAUUUGCGUGCGUAUGUGUACCAAUACAUGCCUAUGGUUAGAUACAUCUGGCGCGAGAAAUGCAUCAAGGAAACGUUAUAAAAGAUCCUCCGCGUCUGCAAUGGUCAUCAGUUUCAUAUUGACUGCUUAAGCAACUAUUUAAUGUAUAAAAAAUAGGAAAACAAUUUUUUGCCUGCAUUCAAUCAUUAAAUUUAUAAUAAAUUCAGUGCGAGCUGUAAAAACAACAUCCAGCACAAAGAAGAAAAACAAAAAUGCUGAAUUACUUUCUGCUGUGCACUUGUAUUGUUCCUGCUUUGUUAGGUGCACCGAUUCCAAUGACACAAAACGAUGUUGCUUCCCAUAUAGUUAUUAUUACACCGCAAGCCCAAGUUCAUCUGGAACCGGCAAUCAAAUACGAUACUGCUACAUUUAUUCAUAAUCUCUCCCCAUUAGCCCGCAUCUCAUCUUCAAAUGAUGAUACUAUUUUCUACGUUCCAGCUAAUACUCCUGCUCCAAUUAUUCCCGUUGAAAACAUAAGCGUAGGACGUGCGAAUAUCAGAGAACAACCACAUAAAGUAGAAACCAAGCAAUGGGAUCAGAUUUCGCAACAAAUUCAACAAGCUGUGCAAACUGGUUCAUCGCAGCUAGGGCCGCAGUUAAGUGAAGCAGCAACUGCAGCCUCCAGUGCUGCAGCAGCUGCCGGCCAAGGACUAUUUCCCGCCUUAUUUCCUUCAGGCGGUAGUUCACCAUCCAAUACUGCAAAUAAGAAUGAUAAGCCAACAAUCGAAUCUUUAUUGACUAGCAAUGCUCGUGUCUAUGCACUCACUCCGGCUGUGUCCCAUGUUGUCGAUUUUAUUCAUUCGCCGUUAUUCAUCGGACCAAUUUCAGCUAUACGAACACGCAGUAUACAAGAAAGUGAAACUAAGACCCGAUCACCCGAAACAUUAGUAGUUGAGACUAAUCCUCUAAAUGAAAUACCUUUCAAUGCUAAUAAAAAGACUUUUGGUGAUGUUAUAAAAAUGCAGGCACAGCAGGAACUUAAAGGCAAUUUAGAGGUAGAUAAUUUGGGAAAUGAGGGAAAGAAGAACGAAUUCAAUGAAACUGAUAAUAAUGGACAAAAAGAACAACGUUAUGGGAAUAUAUUACAACAGCCAAUAAAGGAGGUAGUUAAUCAACAACAAUCUACACAGCUUAAAAAUUCAGCAUUUGUUGUUGGUAAUGGAGGAAUUCGUGAAAAAAUUACCCAACCAACAAACUCUAAGGUAGCUUAAAAUAAAAUUGAUGGUAUGACAUACGAACGUAAAUAUAUAAAAGGGUACUCGUUACCAUAAAAACUAGUACCCACAGCUAAGAAAUAAUUACUAACACAAUGACUUUUAUAAUUUACCAUACUAACGCACAAAAAUACACUCGAUUAUGAAAAAUGUGUAUGAGUAAAUAAAUGUUUUAAUAAUGAAAAUGUAUACAUUCAUAUUUACGACUAUCAACGCAAUCAACUGUACGUUUAUCAUCAUAAUCAUAAUAAUAAUACUUGUAAUAACAGUCAAUACAACUUUAAAAAGACACAUAUAACAACGA